AUGGAUUUGUUUCCUGAUGGAUCUGAGGAGGCAAAGUUCUUUGCUAUAAUUCCUGAUGUUGCAGCUACAAGUGGAGGUUCUUGUGUUGUCGUGACACCGGUGCGCAAAGAGGACGUGCCACAACCCAUCGUACCUGCUGCAUCUACUCUCCAGGAAGCCAAAGGAAAUGCUUCUAGUGGUCCAGACACACAUGAUAAGAAGCAAUGCCAAAAGAGGGCUGCAAAGGACAUUGAUAAACCUCCCAAGUUUCAAGCCGUGUUCAAGCCACGCCAGCACAUGGACAAUCAAGUCAUGUCCCUUUAUGUUUGGAAGUUCAACAUCGAGAAUAAAUUGCAAGCCUCUACCAACAAAAGGUGUCGUAAGAAGUUCGCAUUUUCUGUGCAUAUGACUUCUGAACUUAUCAAGGAUCCUGCCAAGUUCCAAACAAAGGAUGUUAUCCAAGAGUUCAAGAUUGCUUGUGAAAAAUACAAGAUAUCAAAAAUGGAUCUGCUUUGGUUCCCAAUUGUACAUGAGAAGCACUGGGCCACUUGUUGCAUAAAUCUUCUGCACUCGCAAAUCAACUCGUUUGAUUCUAUCAAACCAUCAAAGAAAGGAGGUUCCAUGGAGUCUGCCAUGAACAACCUGAUCACAAACUUUGAUGUUCUUGCUAAAGAGACUCAAGCCUUCAGUUUUGACAUCACUAAAUUCAAACAUGGAGGACCUACUGACUACCCACAGCAGCCAACCAGUGACUUUGAUUGUGGUUUCUUUGUGAUACUCUACAUGGAGAAGUUUGAUGGGAAGGUCAUGGAGAACUUCGACGAGAAUGGCAUCCCUUAUUUUCGCAUGAUUCUCGCUACAGAUUUGAUCACACACCCCACGAACACAGAAGAUUAUGAGAAGAUCUUUGAGGAGGAGACAUAUGAGUAG